GGGGGCUAACAAAAAGAAAUGAAAGGGUAGGAAAAAAAAUGAAAAAAUUGGGGUCCUCCAGAAUCCAUGAGAGAUGGAACUCUCUUUCAGUUGCAGAACCAGACAAUCAUUUGAUCGCCUCUGUUGUCCUGUUGUCAGUUACCAGAACCUAGACCAUAUCGAAACCUCAAAAGCGGACUGACUUUCUUGCAUUUUUCUAUGUAACGUACGGAACCAUCUCUUAACCUCGUAUCUUUGCGGAAGAUUUUCUUCUACUCGUUGUCCUUUCACACCACUGCAGCCCGCAUAAAAAAUUUCCGAUUCACCAGUGAACUAUUCUAUGAUAAGCAAACAGAAUGGAUAAGCAAGAUCAUAGCCAGCCGCAGGUCAGUGGCAUAGUUGGUGGCAUGCCUCAGCUUUCGUAUGCCACGAAUGUGUACACUGGAAAUCCUGGUCAGGGAUCAUUGGUGACAUCAGUUGUAGCCAGCCAGCCUACUGGUCAAACAACAGGAGUUCAGAUUGGAGAACAACGUGCAUACCAGCAGAUACACCAGCAGCAGCAACAGGAAUUGGAGCAACAACUUCAGUCCUUCUGGGUAAAUCAGCGCCAAGAGAUUGAUAGGCUUACUGAAUUUAAGAAUCAUAGUCUUCCCUUGGCAAGGAUUAAGAAGAUCAUGAAGGCUGAUGAAGAUGUAAGAAUGAUAUCUGCUGAGGCACCAAUUGUCUUUGCCAGGGCCUGUGAGAUGUUCAUCUUGGAACUGACUUUGCGUGCUUGGAAUCACACUGAAGAAAACAAAAGGAGGACGCUUCAAAAGAAUGAUAUUGCUGCAGCAAUUGCAAGAACUGAUGUAUUUGACUUUUUGGUUGAUAUAAUACCAAGGGAAGAUCUGAAAGAUGAAGCGCUCCUAGCAGUGCCUAGAAAUGCAAUGCCGUUAGGGGAAUCUUCUGGUUCUCUGCCUUAUUAUUAUAUGCAACCACAGCAGAUGGCACCGGCAAGGCCUCCUGCUCCUGGACUGCCCAUGAACACGCCUGCUAUUGAUCCUACUCUGUAUGGACAGCAGCCUCACCCCUACAUGGCUCCACAUUUAUGGUCAGAGGCGACCGCACCACAGCAGCCUCAAUCACCUUCUGACUCUUAGUCAGUAAAUAGAAUUAUCAUGGAUUGAUGGAAGUACGAUUUGUUACUUAUAGGUUCUCUACUUACAAUCUAAAGCUCUGUUUCCAACUUGCACUGCCAGCUGAAAAUGGGUCUCGCACUCUGUAUUCAUGGUUUGCUUCAGAUUUUGGCUCCUGCUUAUUCCCCAUUAGGCCUUAUAUUCUGCUUUAGAGCAAUCACCGAGGCAAACCUUGUCAAACAAGAAGGAUCAGAAUUCUGAGGGUGGUCAGAAAAGCAACUUGGGAUGUCUAAAUUUGUUAUGUGCAUAUGAUGUUGGGGAGCUUAUGUAUUUUGUUUAUCCCAUUUGAACUUUACUACCAUAUAGCUUGUUUUUCCUGAUGUGCAUUAUUUUAUGUAUGUAAUAACUAUAUAUAAAAUUUAGAUGCGUUUUUUGAACAUCCAGCGCUUGUUGCGUAGAUGCUAUGAUACAAAGUGUAAUGAUGAUAUUGCAUUUCUUGAGGUGUUUGGGAAUUA